CUUCAGGCGCCGUACGCGGUGCAUGCUGGUUUCCCGGCGGGCGCUCUUCGAUCAUGGCGAGCGACUUCUACUUGCGCUACUACGUUGGACACAAGGGCAAGUUUGGCCAUGAGUUUCUCGAGUUUGAGUUCCGUCCUGACGGUAAAUUGAGAUAUGCAAAUAACAGCAAUUACAAAAAUGAUGUCAUGAUCAGAAAAGAAGCCUAUGUACAUAAAAGUGUGAUGGAAGAACUAAAGAGGAUAAUUGAUGACAGUGAAAUUACAAAAGAAGAUGAUGCAUUGUGGCCUCCACCGGAUAGAGUUGGUCGGCAGGAGCUUGAAAUUGUGAUUGGGGAUGAGCAUAUCUCUUUCACAACGUCAAAAAUUGGUUCUCUUAUUGAUGUGAAUCAGUCCAAGGAUCCAGAAGGUUUAAGAGUAUUUUACUAUCUUGUCCAGGAUCUCAAGUGUCUAGUCUUCAGUCUCAUUGGAUUACAUUUCAAGAUUAAACCAAUUUAAAUUGUGUCAAUCUAAGUUUGUAUAUUAAACAUUUUGGGGGGUGGGAUUCCUUUCAUUCCAUAUCUUGGAUAACGUUUAUGUAUGUCUGUUUUUAUACAGAGUGAAUUUAAUAAAUACUAAAACUUUU